AUGCAGCGUGUAGCGAAGAGGGCGUUCGCAUCGGAUGGCAUGGUCGUAAAGCUUGUCCAUUCUGGUUUUACCACUCUAGAAUAUCAUGCUGCCUCUGUUAUUCACAAGUCGCUAAUUUACUACUUUCUGCUCAAGGCAAUUCGCGGCUGCCAGUUCCGGGCAUACGUCGUGCUAGCACCGGUUCUAUCGGCGGUUAAAGAGGAACAAUACGUGCGGUUGCAUCUGCAGGACGAGAGAUUCUGUUUGGUGUCGGACAUGCCGCCGAAGAUUCUGGCAUACUUCGCCACGUGUGACCUGCGUCGCUAUGGUCCUCUGCAGAAUAAGUUCUGCUUCGAGGUCGGUUCGAGGGCACUCGAUAAUUCCGGCUCGUACAUUCUGCGGUCAAGCCGCUGUGACCAAAUCUAUGCCUACUUGCAACUAGCCGCACACCGUCAGCUGAACAAUACGUUUUCGUGCAAGUCAGGAUCGGACAACGCUGCCGGCGAAUCGAAUAUUUUCUCGAAAUUAUCAUCUCUUCACAAGCCUAAUUCUAGCGUGGUUCGCAAAUGUGAAAGCAGUGCAUCUCUUUUUCAUGAACGUUUGAUGCCAACUUUCAGUCUCUGCAGCGAAAAGGACAUUGGAGCAAGAAACGGUACGUUACCUCCUAACGAUCAAGUAGCUCUGAAUGUUGUUGUUUGUUGUGAAGCUUCUAGAAAAGCGUUGAUCACUCGGCGAGGCUCUGACUUUCAGCGUCGUUUUUCUCACUGUUCUUCGUGUCAGUCAGCUUCAUCCAGUGGUUGUGGCGGUGGCGGCGAAUUUAAGACGACGCUAGAAGCGAUUCAUUCACAGCGAUCGAAAUUGAAGCCUGAAAGCCUUCUGAUCAUUGGUCCGGAGAGCUGGAAGUCCAGUCGUCCUCGAGGUCAUCACGGGCCGCUAUGCCAGAUGUGUCAUAACUAUAUCAAUCAACAAUUCGUUGACUCGCUAAAAUAUUACUGUAACGUCGAUGAUGUCGUGAUUACGGUUUCUCGUCGUAGAAACCGAUGCAAGGCGUGUCACGGAUCUAGCGUUGGCGAGUCGAAUGCCGGCCAUUCGAGCUGCGGCUGUUCUCGCUGUUCCAGCAGCAGUGGUAAGGAAACGGAUGCCCGCGAGGUGGUGCCACCAGAUCCACACCAAAGUUCCUUUGUUGCGAAAGCUGAAGACCCUUUGUCGAGGCGUUGGUCGUCAUCAGGGUUUGGCUCCAUAGCCGAAGAUGUUUCCGAAACCAUCCAUGAGCCAAGGAAGGCGAUCAUCGAUUCGACCAAUCAGCGUUGGUGGCACUUGCAUCCGCUGAGCGAUGGAAACAUGUCUCGUUGGCAGAGUUCGUCUUCGAUGGCUCGUACGCUGUCCGAAACCGAGGGUGGCAACCUGGCGAAAGAAACUGAUCAUCCCGGCAGUGGCAAUGGUGGCGGCGAACGGCUCCCGCUUUACCGGACCCGCUCAAAUCCUAGUCUUAAUGAAAAGGAUGCUGGUCACAACUCUGGUUUAAUAAAGUGUCAGAACUUGUCGAAAUCCGCUUCCAACUUGGAUCUAUCCAAGCGCAUACCGGAUCCCGCUUCGCUUCGUCGAAUUGGUAUCAAACCACUGGUGUGCAGUUGCGGAGAAGGACAGCGAACUAGCGAACGUCGAGACCGAUCUUCAGACAAUGCGGAAUAUGCAAACGACGAGUUGAACGAGCGGUUCGCGCUAAGGUCGUGGGACAGGAAGUCAACCUCUUUACUAGAGCCGUACGAUACUUCGUGCAGUGAGGAAGAGGACAGUGUAUUUUUAGAGAGCCCAGUUUCGGUAGUAAAGGCCGGCGAGAAAGGUGUAUCUCGUAAGUGCUCGAAGUACGCAGCAUUCCGACGCAGUCGCCUAAGCACCAGAACGAAAGAGCGACUGCAGAAUGAUUUCAAAAAGAAAAUUACCGGUCCGUACGCGUCCUACGAUGGCGAAAACUCGACCGAGGCGCCUAUGGUGUCGGCAAAUGACAUGAGAUUGCCUCGGGCUCUGCUGCCCGGCUCUUCCUCCGUUUACUUGUCGCCGAGGGGCGCAGCGGUUAUAGGCAGCAGUUGUUAUUCGACAUCUAAUGACAUAAAGACUGGCUGUUCUUCAGGCUAUCCCUUCACUAAUGCUGACUGCAAAUCAUCUAAGCAGGGCACGUUUUCACCGAAAAACGAUUGUCACAGUCACCUCCCCCUUCCUUUGUCGGCACCGUACGACUUUCGUAAGGAUCAACGUAUUUUCAACUUUCCAUCCCUAAGCUACUGCGAGAUCGCGGCCGCGAAAAACUUCUUCCAGAAGCCCAAAACUCCGAAUAAAUCUUCAUACGCUAACAUUCCGGUGGACGGACAGCAGCCAGUCGCUAGUCGCUGUGUCCAGUAUGAUCAUAUUGACGAAUUGGCGACGCAGGCCAUUCACAAGGUGAGACCCGUCUAGGC